CGAGUGCUGUCAAGCCAAUACUUGAUCCUGUGUUGAUCGAUUCCGGCUCGGACGGCGAAGAUCCAUUUGCUACAGAUCUGAGCUCCUCUCCAUCCUCGUCAGAUGAAUCUGUCGAGAUCCGCAAAAUAAGUAGGAAAAUUCGUGGUGUACUUCCAGCUUCGCACCUUAGGUUAGAUCAACGUAUCAAGAAGCCAAGAGCACCAAGUCGUACGCAUAGAGAGUCUCAGAGUGCCUCGCCCGCCAAACAGCUAAUGCGACGUGGAGUCGCUCUUCCAAAGCCAGCUAGAACUUCACAAAACCUGUUACCUUCUACCAACAAUAGGUUACCGUUUCUUUCUGAUGACUCAGAUGAGGGCGAAAACGAAAUCUACCAAUCUGGCUUUAUAUAUGAUGAUAGCAGCGCCGAGCUACAAGACCCUUUCGGAGAGGAACGUAUGGGGCUUGCGGAAGAGGAGGAUAAAAUCGAUGCUAUGCUUCCACCCCGCAAACGCCAUGGACGAGGCCCUGACGCUCGACCCAGAAAGAAGAGGCGGUCAGGAUCCUCUUCAUUGUUUCCAAAAGGAGGACAAAUGCAUCGACACCAAUCAAAAUUAACUGAGCACCUCAUUAAGCCACGGAAGUCGCAUACUUCAAAGGGUAUCAGCAAUCGAUAUGUUGGAAAAGCCUCUCGACAGAACAUUUCUGGUGAUCAGAAGAGCCCAGCGCCUCCUAGACUUGGGAUAUUGGACGUUAUUGGUCAGGGGCAGAGAGACUUGCCGCAAUUUAUCAAGAUCGCUGCCCGAACCGUAAAGCACAAAAAGGAUCAUGGAAGACAGAGUCCAUCCAAGAAGUUCAUCCGAUUAGCCAAUCGCGAGGAUACGUCUGACGUCCAUCUGGUAUUGCAGGAUUGGAAGGAUGGAAAGAUUGUUCCCAAAGACCUUGAUCAUCCCGUCAGAAAGGACCUGGAAAUCUCCAGGAACCCCCUAAAUCGAAUUGCAGACAAUCAGCAGACGAUGUUACAUACACCAAUGGCUAAAAUGAAGCAUCGGGCCCAAAUUCCACAUCUAGACCAAAAGCACAUUCGUAGGCCACGGAAGCUUGUCGUUUCAAAAAGGACACAGAAAUCUCUCAAUGACUUUGUGACUACGGAGCGACCCUCUCCCCACCAACGCGGCCAACAUGCAACGGCCCAACUUGGGGCAAAUAUCAUUCGAAAGCGCCAGUCGAGACCUCCCUUCGCAUCACGCCAGUCGAGACCUGCACAGCUCGAGUUAUCGGAGAUGGAAUAUUCUCAUCGACAUCCCGCUACUGCUUUUGUGUCAAGGAAGAAAGCGCUCGAUACUCUGUACAGAAAUGCCCCAAAACGCCAUGCCCCGCAAUCAAAUAUUCAAUUAAACCGUUUCCUUGCCGAUGAUGUUGCUGAGCCCUCGGCAGAGACUGGUUCCCUUCCUGAGGUUAGUGGAAUUGGUGGCAAUGAUUCGGACUUUGCAAAAAGAUUCCCAAGGUGCAGGAAGAGACCUCCACAACGCAUAGAUGUGGGCGCAGCAGUGUAUCGUCAGCCCAGCGAGCCAUUAAUUCUGGAGUCUCUCGCCCUAACGCAAGCACAAGAAGCUAUUGAUGACAAUAGACUUCAGGGGUUAGGCAAGUUUGGGACAAAUUAUACGACUCAUUUCGACGUAUUUCCUCUACAAUCCGGUAUAUUCUUUCAUGAAAGCACCUUUAUUGGAAGUGGGCGUCUCUCGAAGGUUCUUAAGAGUCCUGGACCUGUCCCAUCUGAUGUCUUCCGGCCAUAUAUAUCCUGUCAUCUGGGUGACAAGGAAUUUCGAUGGGGUCCGUGGAAUGAUGAUGUCUCGUCCGAUAUUGGCGUAUGCUUUGAUUGGGUUCUCGACCAGCUCAAUCUUCAAUGCCCAUCUCCUAUCAGCUCGUCUGCACGAGGCGAUGUAGUUGGGGCAGCAACACAUGUUGUUGAUUAUGUGCAACACCACUUGAGUUUUGCUGAUUUACAACACCGAAGUGUGUUUCUCUCCAGAAUGAUAGAGGUAGUGAGUGAGUUCUCGUCUCGGCUCGAUUUGGGUGCAGAUACUGCGAAUCAAAUGCAAUUCCAAUACAGAGUUGAAGUUAUGUCAAUAUGGACGGUUCUUGUCAUGCAACUUCUCCAGAUUUCCCGAAACCAGAUAAAGCAACCUUCAACAACUUCAAGGCUGGAAGGUCUUCUGAUGGAAGUUUCACGCCAUUGCGUUAGACUCCUUCUGCGCCAGGGCUUGGAGAAUAUUCGAGGGCUAUAUGAUGAUCUCCAGUAUCUUUCCUUUCGUCAAAACGGGAUCAAGAGAGACCGGUAUGCUGCUCAGGCAUGGGUAAUCCUCAUAAAGGUCUUGGGCACAGCGCGGAUUCCCAGAGGGUCAUUCUGGGACGUGGCAAACACGCAUUUGCUGGACAUCAAUAUGCCAAGCAUGAACGACGCUCGGCUGAUGGAAAAAUUGUGGUAUUCCAUGUUUUCUCUACUUCCCUUGUGCGAAUUCGAUGAGUCUGGUGUUGUUAUUCCGGGACAACGACAAGAGGCUUCUUUUGACAAUUGGCUACUCCCCCAGAGGAUGUUGAAGAGUGUGUUCACGUUGUACUUGUCGGGUUCCAGGCAGUCUCCGAGCUUCAACGACUAUUGCAGGGCACUUGUCGGCCGCUGUCAUUUUCUAAUGCUUGAAUGGGGCUGGUGGAAAUGUAGUGGAAUCAUCGGUGUCCUAUUUGAUUUCUUUGCGUCUCAAAAUCUAGGCCAUUUACGCAAUGAGGAGGCUUACAGAUCACCCCAUUUCUUGGAGGAGCUUGAUAAGGACGUUUCUCUAGCGGUUGAACCUGAAGACCGUUGCUUCCAUAUUUUUCUGAAGAUAGUUGCUCUUGGGGUCAAGCACAUGCGUCAAGCAGGUGAGGGAAAGGGUAUUCGAAAUCUUGUUACUCGAUUACUACCCAACCACGACCGACAAUAUCCCAAGGAAGAGGAGUUGGAUACACGAGACCUUGCGUCCCUAAGGAAUCACCACGACCUUUUGUGUACCCUCUAUUGGGCCGCUCCGCCAGAUCAACAACCUUCGCUGACCCUCAUUCAAGAACUCGUUAUUGCAAAUCGUUCACAUAAUGCAGCGUGCAUGAUAAAUUUAAGGGCAUGGCAGCAACUGGCUCGUUUUGUAUUGACACUGUCAACAGCCUCAGAAGCAUUCCAACCGUUCAUUCUCUGGCAGAACACAUUCUUCUCUAAACUUCUGAAUCAGUAUCUCGAAGAAGAUCCAGAUGCCCGGAGACAGGCAUCACUACUUGGUGGAGCACAGAUUUCAGAGACUCGCCUACAGGAGACGAUAGUCAAGAAUAAAAGAAGCACAAUGGCGUUGUUGCGCUCUAGUGUACAUGCAACCAGCUACGCUGUCGGUUUUGCUACAAGCACCAAUGCGGUCAUGGCGGCUUUCAAUACCAACAUCAUAAAGGGUAUUUUAGAUACGGAAGACUUUCGUCGUGAUGAUCUAGGCGAAUGCCUCAUUAUGGACACCCUGGAUACCUUGGGCUCCUACAUGGAUCGCAUUCAGCAGUUGCACCCCCCUACGUCGUUUCCACUCCAAUCCGCGCCUUGCUCCGCCGGAGAUAGUCAGGGGAGUCUUGAUAUAGACAUGGAUGUAGAUCGACAAAUGAUGAUAUAUCCACUGUAUGAAGAAAUCCGGCCUCGCCUUUGCCAAAUGGUCCGCCAGAUAUUGGAGUGCCGUCUCUACUCCGCCAAAGAGCCUAGGUUCAUGAAGACUCUCAUCGAGAUCUGGGCUCGGAUGGUAUCCCUUAUCACCGAGGAGUCCUCUGAAUUGAAAACCUUCCUCCCAGGUGGCGAAUGCGCAGUCUUUGUACGUCGCCGCGGAUCUGAAAGAGCAAAUAAGUACUGGCCAUUAUUCCUUGGCGAGCUGCUACACUAUAAGACGAUUGAAGAUUUCGCAGCUGCUGGAUUUGACAUAGGACUUGAAUGGCUGCUGGCACUCACGAUGCCCCUGUCAGAGCCGGCUUCUUUAACUCGUCUUACCUUGUCCAUGUAUGAGAAAAAGCAUCCUCUGAUCAAGCCGUUUAAUGGGAUAGAGGCGACGUUGCGUUCUCCAUUAUGUGCAGACGCCUGGUUGAUUCGACAUUUGGUCAAAGGCGCUAUUGACUCGAUGAGAGAGAGUUCGAAGGGACCGUCUCAGCUUAAUGAUGGUAAUGCGAAAUCCGGUAACAGGAUUGCAAGGAGAGACUUCUCUUCCGUACUCAAGGAAGUCAUGGAUUCAAUGCAACGUGAGCUCGAAUUAAUGACGCCUGGGUCGGUCCUCCAUGAACAGUAUGUAGGAUUCUGUCAGGGUGUUGCCGAGGAUAUCCGAUCUCGUGGAAGUGAAAUUCUUCCUCUGACAAGUUUCUUUGUCCGAUCUUCUGCCCAUUACUGGCCAGAAGAAGGUGACCCCAAACUCUUUGCCGCUGGUAUCAUCUCCUACUCUCUUCGCCUUCGCGAGCAGCCUGGAAGAACGUCAUCUGAAUUGUUCCACUACUUAUACAGAGGUUGGAGAAGCGAUCUCAUUAACGGCCGUCUCGAAAACCAUGUUGUUUACGUUACUAAAGGCAUGAAGCACUGGGCCUUCACCGAGUUCAUACUCACGAAUUUUGUUCCGGCUGCUCUUCAUGCCGGCUUCAAUUCGGAAUUCGGUUGGAUUCUUCCCUCCACGUAUCUGCCCCCUCUCGCGGACCGCGCCUCCAGACUUCUCGAGAGGAACGACUCUGAGGCACAGGCCACUCUCGGAUAUCUGGCGAAUAUUUUAAAAAUUAUUAUCAAUGGCUUUGCCAAGCAUUACUCCCUGUGGCAGACGACUAUCAAAGGUAUACAUCCUUUAAAUCGAGGCAUCAUGGCUGUUGCAUGCCAAUUCUGGCUUGCACUUGUCCCUGCUAUCAAAGGAUACGUCGAACGGCAUGCAAAUGGUGCUGUAAUUAUGGACGAGGUCAACGUUGCUCUCAAUACCUUCUCUCAACAGACAGUUCGAGCAUUCAGUAGCAGUUGUGAAGGAAGUUGUGAAGUAGCUACAUUUGAUGUUGCUGAAGGGCCGCAUGUGAAGAAUAUCAGAGAAAACGCAGCGCCAGACGUACCGGAACAAGAAGUUCAGGGAAAUGUGGAGCAAGAUGCGGCCGGCGCUUCGACUUCCCCGGCGGACAUCGAGAGCUCGGGGGUUGCUAGGAAGGCGAGGCAGGGAAAAUCUGGGUCGGGGCGAUUAAGGGUGAAUCGACAAAGGCAGCCUGAAGGACUUCCGCCAGUGGUUCUGCCGGAUUGGUUCUGGGAUAGAAAUGUCAAGCGCGUCGAGGAUCCUGCUCUCAGUGGAGCUCUUACUGUAUUCGGGGCUGGUAGUUAUCCUGAAGAAGAUGGCACAUUGAAGGCAGAAGCAGAACGUCAAAGUCUGGCCCUUGUUGAGUGUGGUUUACCUCCUCUAAAAGAUGCGAAAUACACACUACAUGUGGACAUCUACCAGGAAAUAUUAUCCUCAUUAAAGGCUGCAUUGUCUUUACGGCCCCCACGUACUGGGAAGACCAUUCAACGACCGGUCACUCUCUUGCAAUGUCCGAAAGAAGGGGGGACAUAUUACCUGGAUUCAAUUGUGGAGACGAUAGCGACCAAGCUUGGAGCAGAUCUCGUACGCAUGGACGCACAGGACAUCGCGCAGAUUGUCGGCCCUUACGUCGAUGAGAAUCUGGCCUGGACUGGCUCUCAGACAUCCCUUCUAGGAUACCAGACGCAGAAGAUUGCUGGAAAACUGGAUGCAUAUGACAAGGACUCUUCGGAAGAAGUUGAGGGGGAAGAGGAUGAAGACGAUAUACCCAGCUUUUUGAAGAGAGGCAGGGCAGCCUUCCCAGACAAGGGGUCUAAUCCGUCUGAAUACCUUAGGAAAGGAUUAUCAGCUUUCUUACCAAUAAAGUCUGGUUCAUCAGCUAAAAAGGCAUCUUCCGGACAACCAGUACUUGAGUUUUUCGGCAUAGGGAGUGAUCCAAGUUCCUCAGUACCUUUAAAGUCUGGGACAGAUCAGUGGAACGACUUGAAGGUAGCAACUGCCUUGGAUGCCCUGAUAGGUGCUGCGGAUUCCAAACGGCUUGCGUCCGCCGAACCAGAGAACCCGGAAACUCUCGACACAGACCCUCCAGCGAGGGACCUUAUCAUUCAACUCAAAGAUUACAGGGAGCUGAGUGAAACUGAACAAGGACCCGAAUUGAUACGUACGCUUCGUUCUGUUAUCAAUAAGCGCUGGCAUGAAGGGAGAAAUAUCAUACUGGUUGGAACAAGUGCGAGUAGCGAUGUUGGUCUUUCAAGACGCGAGAUUCAGCAUCUUCAAUCUGAUGUCGUUGAUGGCGAUAGGAGGACCAUAUUUGUACCUCCUGAUCGCAGGGAAGAACAGGACGUUGCAUUUGAUGCCGACGAGAAAGCCCGCAUUCGACAAAUGAACAUUCGCCAUAUUGAAGACAUGAUCAUGAAGUUGAAUGACGGAAAUCCGAGUUCCCCUCUGGUCGUCGACAUCGAGAAAAAUCUGGAGAAUCCAAUAGCUUACUCUGCGGGUUUGGAAGAUUCUGUAUGGACGUACGCUCGUGUCCACCGACUUGCGACUACAAUCCUUGGACUCGACACAUCCCUGACACACAUUGAUGGAUCUGUCUUCACCAAAGCCUGGAAGUUGCUCGCUGAUAGUGACGAGGCCAAAUUUUCUUGGGGUGGGGCAGAACUGAAGCAGGAAGACGAGGAGGUUGAUGAGAUGUUGGAAGAUAUGAACAAAUCAACCAGUCAAAUUACGAAGGACAAGAUCAAACAAAUCAAGAAGAACUGCACAUCUUAUGAGAAGCGAUUACUCGGCGGAGUAAUAAUUCCAUCUGAUCUCCAUACGACCUUCAACGACGUUCAUGCUCCCAAAGAAACCGUUGAGGCUUUGAAGACCUUGACGACUUUAUCGUUGAUCCGUCCAGAAGCGUUCUCUUACGGUGUACUUGCCACAGACAAGAUCCCCGGGUUGCUUCUCUACGGUCCCCCCGGAACCGGAAAGACCCUUCUUGCAAAAGCAGUGGCUAAAGAGUGUGGUACGACCAUGCUCGAGGUCAGUGGGGCCGACGUGAACGACAUGUAUGUGGGCGAGGGUGAGAAGAACGUCAAAGCCAUCUUCUCCCUGGCCAAGAAACUUAGCCCUUGCGUGGUAUUCAUCGACGAAGCUGACGCUAUCUUCGCCACGCGUGGAGAAUCUAAACGGGCUGGCUCUCACAGAGAGAUAAUCAACCAAUUCCUCCGGGAGUGGGAUGGCAUGAACGAUCUCUCGGCUUUCAUCAUGGUAGCCACGAACCGACCCUUCGACCUCGACGAAGCCGUCCUCCGCCGACUGCCACGCCGCCUCCUGGUCGACCUCCCUGUGGAAAAGGACCGAGAGACGAUCCUCAAGAUCCACCUCAAAGACGAGAUCCUCGACGAAUCCGUCUCCCUGGCCGAGCUCGCCAAGAACACCCCCUUCUAUUCAGGCUCCGAUCUCAAGAACGUCUCAGUCGCCGCCGCGCUGGCGUGCAUCCGCGAGGAGAACGAGAUGGCCGCCAAGCACACGGGCGAUGAGCCGUACGUCUACCCCGAGAGGCGCCUCCUGACAAAAAAGCACUUCGACAAGGCGAUGGAGGAGAUCAGCGCCAGUAUCAGCGAGGACAUGAGCACGCUGGCGGCGAUCCGCAAGUUCGACGAGAAGUACGGCGAUCGCAAGGGUCGGAGGAAGAAGACCUCGGGUCUGGGCUUCGGUGGCACGACGGUCGAGGAGAAGGAUUCGGAGGCCGGUAGGGUGAGGAAGAUACAAGUGUAGUUUGUAGUUUGUCGCGGCGGGGGGAACUGUGGUGGAGUGGAGUAGAUAGGCAUAGUACACUAUAGUGCACAAUGCCUGUGUAUAUCAGAUCAGAUGUUUCGUGGACGAGGUGCUGCGUCGUGCUGGUCCUGUAUGUAUAGUUUCACUGUAAUAAUAGGAUGAAGAUAGAUAUGAACGAAG